AUGGCGCCCGAAGCUACGGACCAGGCAAUGGAUGAUGUCGAUCGCCCGGAUCUUGACGAUGCCGAUGCCGAAGAAAAGAUCGUUAACGAGGAGUACAAGACAUGGAAAAAGAACAGCCCUUUCCUCUAUGAUAUGAUUCUAAGCACCGCGCUGGAAUGGCCUACGUUGACCACCCAAUGGUUCCCCGACGUGAAAGCGCCUGCCGGAAAGAACCAUACUACUCAUCGUCUCCUCAUUGGCACCCACACCUCCAAUGGCGCACAAAACUACCUCCAGAUCGCCAACGUUGAAUUGCCAACGAACAUUACGCCCAAUCCUCACGACUACGAUGAGGAGCGGGGGGAAAUUGGUGGCUAUGGAAACUCUUCGACCGGAGAACAAGCAGCAAUUAAGAUGAAUAUAGAGCAGAAGAUAGACCACCCGGGCGAGGUUAACAAAGCUAGGUAUCAGCCACAAAACCCCAACAUCAUCGCGACGAUGUGUGUCGAUGGUCGGGUCCUUGUGUUUGAUCGCACCAAGCAUAGCAGCAUUCCAAAGGGAAUCGUCUCUCCUCAGGCGGAGCUACUGGGACAUAAAAAAGAAGGCUUUGGGCUGAGUUGGAAUCCACAUACUGAUGAGGCUGGGAAACUUGCGACUGGCAGUGAAGAUACUACUGUUCGCCUGUGGGAUCUGAAAACCAUACAAUCUAGCAAUAACCACAUCAAAGCCACACGAACGUAUACACAUCAUAGUUCGAUAGUCAACGAUGUUCAACAUCAUCCUCUGCACAAAUCCCUGAUCGGAACGGUAUCGGAUGAUCUUACUCUACAGAUUCUAGAUGUUCGGCAAGCCGAAACUGACCGAUCGGUCUCUCAAGGUGUAGGGGGUCACACAGAUGUUAUUAAUGCACUAGCAUUUAAUCCAGCUUCAGAAUUCGUUUUGGCCACGGCAUCCGGCGACAAGACUAUUGGUCUUUGGGAUUUGAGAAAUCUCAAGGACAAGCUUCAUUCACUAGAAGGCCACAAUGACUCUGUCACAUCGCUCGCUUGGCACCCAUUUGAAGAAGCCAUACUGGGCAGUGCAAGCUAUGAUCGCCGGGUGAUCUUCUGGGAUCUCAGCAGAGUCGGGGAGGAGCAGCUACCAGAUGACCAGGAAGAUGGGCCUCCUGAAUUACUGUUCAUGCAUGGUGGCCACACGAACCAUAUGUCCGACUUCAGCUGGAAUCUGAAUGAGCCUUGGGUUGUCUGCAGUGCUGCAGAAGAUAACCUUAUUCAGAUCUGGAAGGUGGCGGAGGCGAUCGUUGGCAAGGACCUGGAUGACAUUCCGAUGGAUGAGCUUGAACGAUGA